AUGGUUGCCGAUCACAAUGAUAUUUGGAAAUUAAAAUGUAAAUCAUCAACAAAAUUGCACUCAAAGUUUUUGAAGGAAAUUUAUAUGGAGUGGAUAUCUAUCGAGAUAUCAGUUGAUCUUGAUAAAACAACUCGUGAACUUAAAUCACUAUUGGAGAAAGCAUCUCAUUUUCAGGCUGAAUGGCGUCAAUCAUCAAUUAUUAAACAAAUGAUAACAAGAUAUUAUCGUUUUAUGCAGCUAAAAGCAUCUUGUCCUACUAGUACUUUACUUAUUCCAACAUUGGAUAUUGAAAUUAUUUGGCAAACACAUCUUGUACGACCACAAAUGUAUCGAGAAGAUUGUUUGAGAUUAUUUCAUCGUGUUAUUGAUCAUUCUUUAUUAGCAAAUGAAAUGGAACAAUUUCUUAAAAAACAAGCAUUUAUUGAUACUUGUAAACUCUAUGAAGGACGAUUUGGAGAACAAUAUUGUCCACUACCAAAAUCUGAUGAGAACAUGAAAGCCGCUCCUAAAUAUGUACAUCCACUUUUUCGUUCGUUAAAAUGUGUUAUUCCAAUUUAUUUAUAUUGGGAUGAAACCUAUUUUGCAUUUGAAUCAAAACCAUCAGCUAAUGUUCAUGAAAAUCCAUUUUCAUUCACUGAAGCUGAUAUUGAUAUUAUGUGGCAUUCACACAUGCAAGAACCAUUGAAAUAUGCAUCAGAUUGUAUCCCUCUAGUUGGUUAUGUUAUUGAUCAUGCACCAUGGCCAUUAGUUGAUGAAAAUAAAAUGAAUAGUUCUUGCGAAAAUACAGAAGAAGCUUGGAAAAAAGAAUUCGAUAGUGAUAUGAUGACAGAUCAUUUGUAUAACACUAAUACAACUGAACGUGACUAUUGGAGUGAUUAA